AUGACAGCGGCGACACCCGCUGAUGGGGAGAAGGGCUUCAAGCUCAACCCGAAACAUCUGUUGGCGAUACACAACUUCAAGAGGAUCUUGACAUAUGGCACAAAAUGGGACAAGAUAGUGUUGGGAGUUUCAACGGUAUCGUCGGUGGCCACAGGCCUGACGAUACCCUUGAUGGUUGUCGUCUUUGCCAGGCUCAUUGGCAUAUUUACCGAUUUUUAUCGCCAGGGGUCGACCGUGACUGGCGCCCAGUUCAGCAGUCAGGUUAACCAAUGUGUAUACAACAUCAUAUACCUCUUCGUGGCCAGGAUUAUAUUUUCCUACAUCUCCAAUCUUGGCUUUCGCAUGUUCUCACUGCGCAUCUCCUCCACCAUCCGGACGGUUUACCUUCGCUCUUUAUUCGCCCUUCCCAUCUCAGUCAUCGAUGCAAUCCCAGCCGGACAAACCGCCGCCAUCGUCACCGUCACGGCAGGUCUGCUGCAGGUCGGCAUAUCCGAAAAGCUGGGCGGUGGCAUCGCCAGCUUGGCCAGUGUCGCUUCUAGCGUCGUUGUUGCCCUCGUCUUCAACUGGCUACUAACUUUUGUGACCAUUGCUGGGUUGGCUUUCAUUGCCAUCGUGUACGUCAUUUUCACCCCUCUGGUUGGCAAAAAGGCUCUCGAGGUCCACGAGGCCGAUGUCAAGGCAUCCAGCAUUGCCACAGAGGCCUUUACUUCGGUCCGCAUGCUGGCAGCAUGUGGUGCCGAGAACAAGGUCGCGCGCCGUUAUGCAGUCCAUGUGGAUGAGUCGUAUCAAAAGGGCUUGCGAAUGGCAUGGCUUGUGGGAGUCCAGCAGAUGUUUGUCUUCUUUGGCGUAUACGCGACCUUUGCUCUCGCCUUUUACUUUGCCUUUCGCAUGUACAACACCAGCAUCACCACGACCCCCGAGGAUCUUAUAGUCGUCCUUCUCUGCGUCAUGAUGAUGGCAACCUCGAUCGGCCAGAUCACAGCCCCCUUGGCCGCUGCGCAACAGGCAGCAGAGGCUUGUGGCAUCUUCCAUACCAUCAUCGACUUUCCGAAGCCGGUCUACGGAUCUGCCAGAGGAGAGCAUGAAGUCCGGGCAGAUGGCGACAUUGUCCUCAUGAAUGUCAACUUUGCUUACCCGACCCGCCCAGAGGUCAAGGUUCUCGAUAAUCUAUCUCUGGUGUUCCCUGCGGGCAAGGUUACUGCGAUCGUGGGUCCGUCUGGUUCGGGCAAAUCCACCAUCGUUGGCAUCCUGGAGCGCUGGUACGAGUUCAAUGGUGAUCCGGUCUUAAACCCACUGGUCCUCUACCUUCGCAACGGAUUUGUAUCUGUAGGCGGACGCCUUCUCACCGAAAUCGACGUCAAAUGGUGGCGCAACCAGAUAGGCCUGGUUCAGCAAGACAAUGUGCUCUUCAACACGACAAUUUACAAAAACGUCGAGCAUGGGCUGAUCGGCACGCUGUGGGAGCAUGAGAGCGACGAGAAAAAGGCCAUGCUGAUUGAGACUGCAUGCCGGGAUGCGUUUGCCGACGAGUUCAUCAACCGUCUCCCAGACCGCUACCAAACAACCGUGGGUGAAUCAGGAAUCAAGCUCAGUGGAGGUCAACGUCAACGUCUCGCCAUCGCGCGCGCAAUCGUCAAGCAGCCCAAGAUCCUCAUCCUCGACGAGGCAACCUCCGCCAUCGACGUGCGCAGCGAACAAAUCGUUCAAGCCGCCCUUGAGCGGGCCAGCCGUGGACGCACCACCGUCGUGAUUGCCCACCGUCUCGGCACUGUCAAAAAGGCCGACAAGAUCAUCGUGCUGAGCAAAGGCCAGGUGGUGCAGGAGGGCACGCACGACGAGCUGCGGAGGCAAAGGGGUAGUGCGUACUACAUGCUGGCCAAUGCUCAAAGCCUAAACGUCCGUCGGCGCUCGAGCAGAAUGAGCAUCGACCAGACUCCGGACGAAGAGGAUGACAGCGGUUAUUUUAGGACGACGUCGAUGCACGAUGGCGAUUCUGACCACACGGCCCACUCUUCCAACUAUGGAUCGGAUGAAGAGGACGACUUCAUCAUGGAGAGGCCUAGGGUGCGUGCUCGUGACGAUGUGGGUGUGGAGAUGUCGACCAGUACCAUCCACACCGCGCAUACUCCCGUGUCCGAUGGCCCGCCAGAUGACGCCGCAAAGAUCCAGGUGGUCGAGAUUCAAGACCACUGGCUUGGUGGUUUCGCCGAACUGUUGGCGGAGCAAGGAUCGAGGUGGAAGCUGUAUUUUGUCAUCAUCAUAGGAGCUAUUGGAGCAGGUGCAAGCACACCGGUGCAAGCAUACCUCUUCGCAACUCUCCUCAACCUCUUUUCCUUCAGAGGUCCACAGGUCAACCAACUCGCCAAUUUCUUUUGUCUCAUGUUCGUGGUGCUGGCAGCGGGCGUUGGCAUCAGUCAUUUGUUCCUAGGAUGGUCGACGACGCGACUGGGUUUCGGCUUGACCCGCUUCUACCGAAAGGAGUACUUCAAGAACAUGAUCAGCCGACCGGCGUCCUUCUUCGACGAGGAGGACCACACAGUGGGCUCGUUGACGGCUAGGUUGGCUACAGACCCAACGCAGCUGCAGCAGCUCCUCGGCGUUAACAUGGCAUUUGUGCUCGUGUCCAUUUUCAACGUCAUCGGGUGUUGUAUCGUCGGCUUCGUGUUUGGAUGGAAAUUGACAAUCGUGUCUUUGGCGUCGACAAUGCCCAUCAUCGUGGUUGCUAUGGCCUAUCGCGUGCGGCAUGAGGUCCGCCUUGAGGCUGAAGCAAGCAAGGUUUUCGCUGAAGGCGCCCGAUUCGCAUCCGAAAGCAUCGCUGCGAUCCGGACCGUGUCCAGCUUGACCAUGGAAGACGGCGUCGGAACCAGAUAUGAGGAGCUGUUGAACAAACACGUCCGUCAGGCUUUCAGCAAGGCCAGGUGGUCGCUGCUGUUGUUUUCCUUUAGUGACAGUAUUUCAUUUCUCUGCAUGGCUUUCGUCUUGUGGUACGGUGGUCGACUGCUGGCCAGUCGGGAGUACAGCCCCUUCCAAUAUGUGAUUGUGUACAUUGCCGUUGUUCAGGGUGCAAUGAGUGCCGGACAAUGGUUGAGCUUCGGUCCCAAUAUCGCCCAUGCUACCGCCGCAGCCGAUCGGGUUCUUGAUAUGCGAGAAGCCGAUGACGAACUCGACCGUGGCUUGCCUUUAAUCGACCCCAACGAAGAUGCCAUGCUGGAAGAGAAAGAAGGUGCCGAAGUAGAGCUGCGCGACGUGUGGUUCAGCUACCCGACCCGACCCGGAACAAUCCUCAAAGGCCUAGACAUCAAGGUUGAACGUGGACAGUUUGCUGCCAUCGUUGGCCCAUCCGGUUCAGGAAAGACGACAGUCAUCUCUCUGUUGGAGCGCUUCUAUGGCGCUGAUUCGGGCCAGGUCCUGUACAACGGCCACGAUGUGCUGGACCUCGAGCCUUCGGCGUACCGGUCCAACGUGUCGCUCGUGGCACAGGAGCCACAUCUUCUCAGUGGGUCGAUGCGCGAUAAUGUACUGCUCGGCAUUGAAGACGAGUCGACCGUGGUUCAUGCCGACAUCUACGCCGCGUGUCAAGAGGCAGGACUGCACGACUUCAUCUCGUCGCUACCCGAAGGGUAUUCCACCGAAGUCGGAGCACGAGGUGUGGCUCUUUCUGGAGGCCAGAAGCAGCGUCUUUCCAUCGCCCGUGCUUUGAUCCGCCGUCCGGCUUUGUUGCUCCUCGAUGAGGCAACCAGUGCCCUUGACAGCGAGACGGAGAGGGCGGUGCAGGAGACCUUUGAAGCCACCAAAGGCAGCAGAACAAUGAUUGUUGUCGCACAUCGUUUGGCAACAGUCAAAAACGCAGAUGUCAUUUUCGUCAUGGCGGACGGAAAGGUCAUUGAGCAGGGCGACCAUGUCUCCUUGCUGGAAAGGAGAGGAGUCUACUAUGAAAUGUGUCAAUCUCAAGCAUUGGACAGGUGA